ACUUACAUCUUUAUUCAUCAUCAAGAAGUCCUUCCAGACUAUUUUUCUUUCUUGAUCAAGUUCUAGAAGAAUGGCCAUCCUUAUGCCUCAGCUCACUAAAGCCAAAAAAAUUCUCCGAAGAUCAUUUUCAAAUGAUAGAAGUACAUUAACAGACAUCCCAAAAGGCUAUCUUGCUGUUUACGUUGGAGAAGAAGACAAGAAGCGGUUUAUAGUUCCUGUAUCGCUAUUAAGCCAACCUUCAUUUCAAGAAUUACUACGCCAAUUUGAGGAAGAGUUUGGAUAUGAGCAUCCGAUGGGUGGUCUCACAAUUCCAUGUAGUGAAGACAUAUUCAUUGAUGUUGCUUACCGUUUAUAGAUAUGUGACAAUUUUUUUAGAAGCAUAGUUUGUAUAUCACUAGUUUAAUUACCAAAACCAUUAAUGGUUUGUAGAUAGAAAUCACAGUUGUCUUCUUUUGUAUGAAAUGCAAAGUAGCAAUUAUUCAUGAUAUGAAAGCACUCUCCAUAACCUAA